UGCUUCUCAAACGAGUAAAUUGCGCAUGCGCCCUGUGUAUGCCCUCUUUUGGAUCCGCACCUCUUCUGCUGUAAUGGCCAAACGCACCAAGAAGGUGGGAAUUGUGGGGAAGUAUGGCACCCGUUACGGGGCCUCCCUCAGGAAGAUGGUGAAAAAGAUUGAAAUCAGCCAACACGCCAAGUAUACCUGCUCUUUCUGUGGGAAGACCAAGAUGAAGAGGAGAGCUGUUGGCAUCUGGCAUUGUGGGUCCUGCAUGAAGACUGUCGCUGGUGGUGCCUGGACAUACAACACAACGUCUGCCGUCACAGUAAAGUCUGCCAUCAAGAGACUGAGGGAGAUGAAGGACCAGUAAAUUGGGACUCUGUGUUUUGUACAGAUAAAAAAAUCUCCAUGUCUUGGGACUCUACAUGUAUGCCGUGGUCAAAUGGAACAUCCCACAAUAAACUAGUCUUGAGCUGG